UUCAAUCGGCAGUAACUCACGAUCCGCGCAGGAAGAAACAACUCUUGAGUCGUUUUCGUCGUCGUCGUCGUCGUCGUCGAAAUUGAAGUUGUCGUCUUGAGGCAGUGCGAUUUCAUUCAGGAAAAUCAAAACCUUCCCCCUCCCCUUCCAAAAACCCAUUCAAAACUCAGCCAGUAAUAGUGUGUUGUAACAAAGUCCAUAUUGAGUGUGUUUGUUUUCGAACGCGUAGUUUCAUGUUCGCGUUUUUUUGUUGUUGUGUUGUUUUUCAUCGACGAUUCGAUCGCGUACGUGCGCAUGCAGUUUGAAAAAUUGGGUUAAUCGUGGCACGAGUUCUUGUUUACUGAGUGAAUUGUAAAAUAAAACGAAAUAAAACAACGCACAGCUCCUUCCAGUGGGCAACUGAAGUGCGCAACGUAAAGUGUGUAGUGAUUCAGAGAAAAAAAAACAAUAAACAAUAUUCGACAUUCUAACAUAAACUGUUGGCGUACGAUCAUGCCCGAGAUUUCGCAAGAUCAGUUCGAGGAUCAGCUCCCACAUCAGCCUCCGGCAACGGUCGAACAGCUGCGGAUCCGUGCCAGCUCGGGCGGUGCGUCCAGCUUGGACGAAUACCGUAAGCGGCUGAGUUCGCUCCGGCAGACCAACGGAAGUUCGGAAUCUCACCAAAAUGAGACGGCGGGUUGCUCGAAACGCAACAGCACUGGUAGCGGCCGAGGUAGUGUCACCUUCCAGGAGGACAAGUUCACCGCAAAACAGCUGCACCAUGGCGACAGCUUCGUGCAGGAGCUUGGCUACAAGCGCGAGAUUAGUCACAGAAUCUUCGUGAACCGCUCACUCCACCUCGAGAACAUAAAAUUCUAUGGCUUCGACAUGGACUACACAAUCGCAGAGUACAAAUCGCCACAGUACGAGCAGCUCGGAUUCAACCUGGUCAAAGAGCGACUCGUGGCGCUAGGCUACCCGGUUGAAAUCCUCCAGUUCGAGUACGAUCCAUCCUUCCCGGUCCGCGGGCUCUGGUUCGACACGCUGUACGGUAACCUGCUCAAAGUGGACGCCUAUGGCAACAUCUUGGUUUGCGUGCACGGAUUUGAGUUCUUGAAACAUUCCCAGGUUUACGAACUGUACCCGAACAAGUUCCUCCAGCUGGACGAGAGCCGAGUGUAUGUGCUCAACACGUUGUUCAACCUCCCGGAAACGUACCUCCUAGCCUGUUUGGUGGACUUCUUCACUAACUCGCCGCAGUACGCGGAAAAGGUCGAUAAGACCGGAGUGAAAUACGGCGAGCUGUUCAUGUCCUUCAAAUCCAUCUUCCAAGACGUUCGGGGAGCGGUGGAUUGGGUGCACAUCUACGGAGAUUUGAAGAAGAAAACCCUGGAGAAUCUCGACGAGUACGUCAAGAAGGACGACCGGUUGCCAAUGAUUCUCUCGCGUAUCCGCGAGUCAGGCGCCAAGCUGUUCCUGCUCACCAACAGCGACUACAAAUUCACCGACAAAAUUAUGACCUUCCUGUUCGAUUUCCCCCAUGGUGCCAAGCCCGAGGAACCCCACCGGGACUGGAAGACCUACUUCGAUACCAUCGUGGUCGAUGCCCGGAAGCCGCUGUUUUUCGGUGAGGGAACUAUUCUGCGCCAGGUGGACACCAGCAGUGGUGCCUUGAAGGUGGGAACCCACAUGGGUCCACUGCAGGCGAACCAGGUCUACUCCGGUGGCUCGUGUGAUGUGUUCACCAAGCUGAUCGGCGCCAAGGGCAAGGAUGUGCUGUACGUGGGUGACCAUAUCUUCGGAGAUAUUUUGAAGAGCAAAAAAAUCCGCGGCUGGCGAACAUUCCUAAUCGUGCCGGAGCUGGUGCAGGAACUGCACGUCUGGACGGACAAGUGCCAACUGUUUGCGGAGCUGCAGCGACUGGACGUCAAUCUGGGCGAUCUGUACAAAAACAUGGAUUCCAGUGCCAAAGAGAAGCCCGACAUUUCGUCGGUUCGAACGGCGAUUCGGGACGUCACGCACAAGAUGGAUCUGGCCUACGGUAUGAUGGGAUCGCUCUUCCGAUCCGGCUCGCGGCAGACUUUCUUCUCCAGUCAGGUCGUCAGGUACGCCGAUCUGUACGCCGCCACCAUCCUGAAUCUGAUGUACUAUCCCUUCUCGUACAUGUUCCGGGCGCCGGCCAUGCUGAUGCCCCACGAAUCGACGGUGGCCCACGAGCAGCGAUUCACGCUGGAUGCACCGAUGAUCCAGCGGACCCGAUCGCGCAACCUCGGUACACCCAGCACCGAACAGCACCCGGAGGAAGCUUCCAAAGAAGUCAGUACACUCAUCGAGAAGGAUAUGGCGCAUUUGGCGGUUGCCGGUGGCAACGUAUCGGUGCCGCACACCCGUCCCGAGACACCCCGUUCGGUAACCCAUACCCACGACGAGGACUACUCGGACGAGGAUAGCGACGACCAGAAGAGGGCCCGGAGCGCCGAAAGGGACGCCGCCAGCAGCGAGAAAUAAAUCUGCCUUUUAUGUGGUGUGGAAUCAGGAACCAGGAACGAAAACCGUAAUCAUUGUGUGUGGGUUGUAGUAGAAAAUAAUGAGGCGGCGCGUUUGCAUAGAAUAGAUUGUAUAGAUUGCUUAAAGCUGCAAAAAAAUACCUUGCCGACUUUUCUCAACAUAUCCUCAAGCAAUAAUGUUUAAAAAUUCUUCCAAAUCCCAUAUUUGUUUGAUGCAUUCACUAAUUAGUAUAACACCGGAAAGGGAAGUUGUUCAAGUUGUUGCAACAUAGACUAGAUUAUGUGACACCUUCCACGACCACCACUGGCUCUAAGUAACCUAACGCUAAUAACGACUGUAUGCUUAGUGCUGAGUGAUAUUCAGACACAGCUAGAGUAUAAUCCAUUUAGCUCGCACGGCGACAGCUUCCAAUCACACAACUGCCGUUUGCUGUCCUGUUGGAAACGCGAAAAAGAUUAUUAGCAGAGCACAUAAUGCUUCACCGCGUAGUGUAUUUAUUCAUAGCGAAUUGUUGUUACACUCACUAGAAGCCAAACAGGGAUAAAUGGUAGGAAAACAAGUGUUUUGAAAACAUGCCUUCGACAGACAGAGAGAGAGAGAGAGAUUAGUAAACAACAAUAACUAGAAGAGAACACAAUUGAUCCGAUCAGGUAGAGAGAAAGAGGUAAAAAGAACAAGGAUUUAUGUAUGAUAUAUGAAACAUAGCAAUUAUUACAUUUAGAGAGCGCUAUUAGAGCAAAUGUUGAUUAGA